AUGAAUCUCGAUUUAGCGAAACGUGCCUACUACUAUAACAACUACAAUAGAAACACCGGCUGGAGCAGGUGGAGAUGGCUUCUCUGGCUCAUCCUCAUACCCGUCUUCCUCAUCAUUCUCUUUGCCUUCUGUUGCAUGAAGAGAAGAAGAAAAAACAAUGUUGUUUCCAACCAGCCUUACUACAAGGAGAACUACGCCCCUAACAACUUCCAGCAGGGCAAUUACGGCGGCGGUGUUCCCCCACCUCCUCCUCCUCAGCCACAGGGUGGUUACGACGGUGGAUACCAGCAAGGCUACCAGGCUGGAUACGGUGGCGGCGGAAUGGACCAGGGCUUCAACAACCAGGGCUACGGCGGUGGCCAGGGCUACAGCAACGACUUCAACCAGAACUACCAGCAGGCCGGCAGCUCAGACGCCCCUCCAGCUCCUCCAGAGUAUGCUCCUCCACUGGAGCCUCCUAAGGGAUACACCAAGUAA